CUGUAGGUGAGAAGAAAUUGAACCUUGAAAGAUUUAAGCGUUCCUGUGUUCACUCUGGAAAACAGACUGUGAUAAGUGAGGAGGGUAACGAUAGAGGUAGGGAAACGUGUGAGAAGACUUCUUACAAAACACCAGGAGGACUGUGUUCGACCACAGCAUUGGCUGGAGGAUAUGGAGGUGGAGAAGGUAAUAGAUUCUGGAUAGAAUUUUGAAGAUAGAACCAACAGGGCUUCCUGCAGUUUCAGAUGUGCUUGUGAACAUAGGGUGUGAGACGCUAUCCAAGUGUCCCUUUUUUCUCUACUUAGAGCAGGGACCAUCUUUCAAGAGGAUUAGAAAUUGGAUUUGAGGCACAUGACUAAGGUUUCUCAGUGGAGGCAGCACAUAGGCAACGGUACACUCAAAUCUGGAGUUCUGAGGAGAAAGUUGUGCUGGAGAGCUUACAGAUCCUUAGUGGUUGCUGAACUGUUACAAAGGAGAGGAUCUGGGGUGCCUGACUGAGAGGGCAUGACUCUAACUACAGCAGGAGGGGCUUGGACGGACCCUGGUUAUUGGUAUGCAGUGAAGGAUGAAGAGGCACCUGCUGAGGAGAGUGUUUCUGUAGCGGUGUUACCUUUUCGUACUUCUAAGGCAGGUUUGUCUACCCAGGUGGAUCACUCUUGUGACAGAUGUGGUGCAAUCUUAAAAGAUACUUUGUACCUGGGUGAACACCAGGGAACAUACCACAGACCUAAAACUUACACAUGUGAAACCUGUGGGAGACAGUUCUGGUUCUGUGCAAACUUUCACCCAAACCUAAAGCAUUACAUUGUAGAGAAACCUUCACAACGAGAUGAAGGCAAAGCCUCGUUGGUGAAGAACUGGAUAGUUUGUGAUGAAGAACCUCACUUGUCACAGAAGCCCUUUAUAUGUAAAUUACAGCAGAAAAACUUCCAGACCAGUUUGGGGGAUCACCAACAAAAGGUCACCCAUAGGAAGAGGAAGAUAGCCAGGAGCACUGAGAGUAGGGAGGCUCUUCAUGUGGGGCAAAUGCAUUACAAGUGCAGUGAAUGUGGGAAAGCUUUUAGUCGCAAAGAUACACUUGCCCAGCACCAGAAAAUCCAUAGUGGAGAAAAGCCUUAUGAAUGCAGUGACUGUGGGAAAGCCUUCAGCCGUAAAGCUACACUUGUCCAACAUCAGAGGAUCCAUACUGGAGAAAAGCCUUAUGAAUGCAGUGAAUGUGGAAAAGCCUUUAGUCGAAAAGACAACCUUACCCAACACAAGCGGAUCCACACUGGAGAAAUGCCUUACAAAUGUGAAUGUGGCAAAUACUUUAGCCAUCACUCCAAUUUAAUUGUACACCAGAGAGUUCACAAUGGAGCAAGGCCUUAUAAAUGCAGUGAUUGUGGGAAAGUCUUCAGACACAAAUCCACGCUUGCUCAACAUGAGAGUAUACACACUGGAGAAAAUCCUUAUGAUUGCAGUGAUUGUGGGAAGUCCUUUGGCCACAAAUAUACCCUUAUUAAGCAUCAGAGAAUUCACACAGAGUCAAAGCCUUUUAAAUGCACCGAUUGUGGAAAAUUUUUUAGUCGGAGCUCUGACUUUAUUGCACACCAGAGGGUUCACACUGGUGAAAGGCCUUUCGUGUGCAGCAAAUGUGGGAAAGACUUCAUCAGAACCUCCCACCUUGUUCGGCACCAGAAGGUUCACACUGGAGAAAGGCCAUAUGAAUGCAGUGAAUGUGGGAAAGCCUACAGCUUAAGCUCCCACCUCAUUCGGCACCAGAAAAUUCAUGCUGCAGGUAGACUUUAGGGAAGCUUUUAAUUUAAUAGAAUUAUUAGAUGUUAAACUUGAACAUGUUUUAUGAAUAUCAAGUAUAUGGGACACUUCAAACACUUUUGCACAUUCUGACCUGCUCAAAAUUUCCAGAGUUAGUCACUGUCAAUACCUACAGCUCAAACCCUCUCAACCUCUCCAGCUUAGUAGCUAAACCAUCCCCAGGGAAGGCAGGAAUUUGCGCACUUUGUCCAAUCUGUAGUGAAUUGUGAGACACCUGAGGUCAGCCGAAGUUUUUAUUCUCUUUUGACUGAUAGUUUAGGUAAGAACUCCUUGUUAGCCAAGAGGACUUGAGCUAUGACUGGUGACUAACAGAAAGUGUCUUGUUUGUGGACCUUAUUGUUCUUACAUGACAUUGUUUAAGACAGGGUCUUGCUCCUUUGCCUAGGCAGACAUUGAACUCCUUCACUUAGUCCAUCCUUGGCUUUAGAUCCCAUAAUAGGGAUUUGACAUGCUACUGUGCCUGGCUCUUACCUGAAAUUUGUAAUGGACUUGUCCCUAAGUCACCUGGCCAGGAAAGUAUCUGUCUCAUGUUGUUUUGCUUUGUAAUAAUAAAAGCUUUAUAAUUUGAACUAUCUUAGAUCUUGCACCCCACCACCCCAUCUGGAAUGGAAUGAAAACAUAAUUAGACUUACAAAUUGAAAGGGUAAACAGCCUUUGUGCAACUUUGUACCUCAAAAACAUUGGUGAAAAAAAAUUAUCAGUCCACUUUUGGUGUUAAAUUCUAAUGUUGACAGAACAUCUUAAGUCAGCAUUCUGAUCUUUGUGAGUCUGAUUUCACACUUUGAGAGCUCAUACAUCACUUUGAGGGAGGGUGCUGCUAUUAGGACAGACCACAGAGUAGGAGCAGUGAGCUGUGUGGAUUUAGCAUCUUCCUUUCAGCAUAUGUCUCAUAUUCCCCAGCACUGUUGGGAGGAAGCUUUCUUUUGGACCACUUUCUCCAAAGCCAAAGUAUGUACAGGUUAAUGACAGACCUAAAGUGUCGCUAAAGUACAAAAUAUUAAAGGUAUGAAUAAUUGAGAUUAAGGAGACUACAGUAAACUAUAGUGGGAAGUGCCCACUGUAAAAACAUCUCCAUAUAUUCCUGUCACUGACUGUGUGGAUUGUUGUACAGAAAUUUUCAGAAUUUACAGGGCUGAGUCACUCUUAUGGUCACAAUAGCCCAGCCCCCCGCCAAAAAAAAGGCAAUUUUGUUAGAUUUUUAUCCUUCUCUCGGUUCUCUAACAUUUCAGUUGCACAGGCAGGAACCCUGAGGUGGAGGACAGAAGUGUAGGGGAUAGGCAUCAUCGGGUAUAUUGGAGGGGCAGUCUGAUUGAUAGUGCGGAGAUCUUCUAACAGUCUGUGUAAGCCAGCCACCCCCGUAAUGGGAGAGUGGGGCUGUUGUAAGGAGGGUUGAUGGAUUACAAGACUGUGCCACAAUAGGUGAAAAAUAAUAGGUUGUAAGCCCCCAAAAGCUGGGUCAGGGAUGGAAUACUGUUGCUGGGCAGGGUAGGGGAGGUUAGGCUUGAAAAGGAUGAUAAAUUGUUGGGGUGGAGCUAAGAAUGGAGUGGAGGUAUCAUAGACUCUGGGAUUGAGAGGGGAUAUGAUGGGCGUCGUGGGGGAGGCAGGAACAAGACAUCAGGGCAGCUAUGAGUGUUAGCUAUGUCCUGGGGUGGUCAGUAGGUUAAGGUGUCUCAUCUCAAAGGGGGAAUUGGUAAAGGUGGGAAUAACCAAGCAUGAAUGUGGGAAAGGUGCUGGCCCAAUUGACAGCCAAUUGGGGUGUCCUGAGAUCUUUUUCAUCAACGCCCACAACAGUACUUGGCCUGGGAAGAUUGGUCCUUGAAGGGUGGACUGGAUGAAGAAAGGGGUGGACUUACUUCUCACCAAAGAGUUACCCAGAAUUUAGCACUUGAGACGGCCCAAGGCCUCUGGGUGGUAGCAGUCUUUGUUGGCCAGGCCACAAAGGUCUGAGAAGGAGCUGGUCAAGGGUCUCUGGGAUCAUGGCCCAGAAGUGGCAGGGGCAGCUGUCGGCCUUGGGCAGUCAGAUUUUCCAUGAGGAGCCCUGUAGGAAGAAUGUGUUUUGGGUGAAUCCUGGACGUGAACUCCCUAGCCCAGUGACCAUUCUGGUGGCAUUUGAAGCAUGGACCUGGAGGGGUGCCUAGAAUCGGGUGCUUUUGAUCCUUUUGUAGUUAACUUGGUGGCCCGUUCUGGAGGGUUUCUUCUAGCAGAGGCCAGCAUCUGAAGCUCAGAAAUGCACCGCAGUUAAGCACUUUCAUCUCUGUUAUUAAAAAGGCUAUAUUUGUUAGCUCCUGUUGCGAGGUUUGAGUCUCCACUUUUUGUAAUUUUUUAUGAAUGUCUGGGGCAGACUGAGUAAUAAAGUGCAUCUAAAGGAUGAGUUGUCCUGGCUUUUCUGGGUCCACUGGUGUGCACUGCUUAAGGGCAGUAGGGAGGUUUUGUAGUCAGGGUUUUGGUGAGAGAAUACAUUAAAUACAGCACACGUAGGUUAGAAGAUUAUUUUAUGAUAAUUACUCAAGGAGUACAAAAAAGAUUAACCACACACUAAAGGCCCAAAGAAUCCAACUGAGGCCUUGGAUCCCAUCAGUGUCCCCACAAGUCCAGCUAAAGGUUUAGAAUCCAAGGCUGAAUUCUCCAUGAGUCCAGCCAGAGCCCACAGCAAUGUCUUAUGCUUCUCUGUAUUGAGGAUCUGUACCUGGAUGGCCCAAAGGCCAAUGGUGGAAGCCAGAAAACCUAUGCUAGUGGGGUGAAGGACUUGUGCCACCAGGCUGAGGGAUCC